AAUUUAUAAUUAACUAAAUCUUUAAAACUAUUUCAAAAUGAAUAUGAAAUAAAUUUUUGAUUAAUUUUAUAAAAAAAUAAAUAAAAGAAGAAAAAAAACAAAACGAAAAAAACAAGGAAAAGAUUUAUUUAAUUGUAAAUUAUGCAUAGCAUUUUUGUAUAAUGUCGUGAAAGUGGAUACGAAAAAAUUUUUUUCGAAUCUGGUAACUAAUUAAGAAGACAAGUUUACUCCUUUCAAAUGUAGGAAAGUAGUAUAACGGAGAAUUGCGGAAUUUAUUUUCGAAUCAUGGAGCAGUCCUUUUCAUAUGAUGAACCUGAAUAAGUGCGAGUGAAAGUUCGGUGUAAUACGUGAACAUCAGACAGUGAGCUAUAGUGACGUGAAAGUGGUCGACUAAAAGAGGCGGAAUGCAGAGAGCUGGGCGCUACGGUGUGUACACUGAUCCAUGGUACCAGUGAUAAUAUUAAAAAGAUAUAAAAAAAUGUUAAAAUAUUAAUGAAAAUGAAGGAAUUUAAGAAUGAAAACGAACAAUUAUUUGUUCGAAGUCAAUUAUUCUAAACGAGCAUGCAGAGAUGGUUAUUGGAUGAACCUGCAUCUAAUUUAUGCAGUAACGAUUAUCAACCACAAAUUAUUAAGUGCGGCAAUCGCAACGACUUUGGCAGUUUCAGAUGAGAAUCAAAUUAAUUCUGACAGUGAAACUACCAAAUUGUCUUUACAUUCAUCGAAUGAAAGAUUUACUUGCAAUCUCGAUAAUCUGUACGCUAUACCACGAGCUGAUUUACACGAGAUAGAAUGGAUAGAAGCUGACUCGUUAGAAGCUGCUUAUGUUUCAAGAUUUAUAGUUGGUUUGUCAACUAUAACACGAAAUAAUCUAAGAAAAUGUUGCCGAACUUCGACCAGUUCUGGCUAUUCCAGUCAUUCUCUACCAUUGUCAGCUGGUUCAUAUUCUUGUUAUAUAUCAGAAGUUUCCAAUCAAAAUUUUUUUCGAAGUAUACCUUUAACAAUAAAAGAGCAAUUCAAUGAAGGACUUGCUAUAAUUCAUGAAAGUGAGACAAAUCCACGUCCUAUUUGGCCGACCACAUUUUUUAAUUCGCGCGAUCUUUAUCAAAAUAACGAAAAUCCUGAAUAUGAUACUUUAUACACAUAUUGCGGAUGUGGUUGCGCAUAUACUUAUUCAUAUUGCGAUUGGGAUUAUGAAAAAUCUAUAAAUAUGUCAGCACAUGAAGUUCUUCUUGAAUUAUCUCAAACAUUGGAUUCCAUGAUAGAAGGCAAAAAUAUUAUGACAUCAGAAGAAAUAUUACAAAAUAUUUCAUAUCAGAUUGCGCAAGGAAUUGAUUUUAAAGGGGAGUUUUAUGAAUAUGUUUAUCAUAAUUCUUCUUUUUUACCGAGCAAACGAUCAUUUUUAAACGAUAGGAAUCCGUAUGAAUUAAGUCGUAAUAAAAAUUCAUCCUCGAAAAUCAAUCCAGUAAAUUCAAAACUUUAUAAUAAUACACGAAAUUCUCAUCUAUAUAAUCCUUGGUAUACUUGCUUAUGUACUUGUGAACAUACUUGUAGAUUUCUAUCUUCAAAAAAUGAUCAAGAAAACGCAAUGAAUGAUGAAUUGAAAAGAAAAAAAAGUCCGCCUCUUAUGCUUUUAAUGGAUAAUCAAUACGAAAAAAUAAAAUCAGAAUUAUUACAAAACAAUAUAGAUAAUUCUAAAUCGUAUGGUUGCAAAUGCUUAAAUCAUUCAAUUUUUCAUAAUAAAAAAAUAAAAAAUGUAUAUAUGAAUCGUUAUAUUAAAAAUGAUAUAAAAGAGACGAUUAAUAUCAAUGAAGAAACUAAACAGGAUCGGAAUAAAAUUUCUAAUGAUUCAGAAUAUUCUAACCAGUUGGAGUGCAGUGACGGUGAUUCAUUCAACAAAGAUAGAAUCUUCUCAUCCAAUAAAAAUAAUUGGAAUUAUCGUAUGCAAGGAUUCGCUGAAAAUUUAGAUUUCACGCUUGAUGUUUCACGAGCAGAACGUUUGGGUCAUGUAAUUGCAAAAGCAAAACGGAAACGACAAUGGUGCAGAAUUUUAAUUGCCUUCUUUGGACUAGUCUUUUUUAUUUUAAGUGUUGUCAUUGUCUCCUUAUCUGUAACGAAAGGUCGUAAAGUAUUUGGAAUACCUUACCCAAGUACUUUACGUAUUUUUAGUACCUUAUAUCACUAAGUUAAAUUAACAGGAUUUAAAUCCUGUUGUAAUAAAUGGCUGUGACCAUGUUCUCACAUAUGAAUAUUAAUAUAAAAUAUAUAUAUGCAAUAAAACUAAAUAAAAUAAUAAAUAAAUAAUUAUGAAUAAAAAAUAAAUAUUAAGCGAUAAUUAAAAUGACAAUUAAUGACAAUAAACAAUUAAAAUGAAAUUUAUUUAUAAAAUUCAAGUUAUCAUAUUCAAAUUAUAUGAUAACAAAUUUGAAUAAAUAAAUAAAAAAUAUAAUUUCUAUAUUAAUGUUAUUUUUCUCUUAUAAUUAUUUACAUUUGUAUGAUUCAUUAUUUUUAUUAAAUUAAUAAUAUUUAAUUAAUAAUUGAAGAUAGUUAUCUAUCAAAAAAAUAUAUUUUUUAAUGAAAAAAAUUUUUGUUCAUAAAACAUUAUUUAAAUUAUCUAUUAAAAUCAAUAAUUGCGCAUGCUUUUACGAAUGAGUAUACAGUACAAGUAAUGUCAAAUAUAACUUGAUGAUCUAUUAUUAUUAUAAAAAACAAUAUAUGCAAAAUUGAAGUUUUAAUAAAAGUAUUAAUAUUAAUAAAGUGUUAAUAAUUUUUUUAUAUUUAAAAUAGUAAAAUAAAUUAUAUAAUUAAAAAAUUAAAUAUUUAAUAUUUAACAUAAAGGUUAUAUUGAUUUAUAUAUUUUCAUAUUAUCUCAGUUAUUUACUUAAUCUUUUUGUCGAUAAUAAAAAUUUUAUUUGUCUGAUUUAAGAUUUUAAAUAAAAAAUGGUAUGUGUACCAUGUGUAGCUAUACCAAUAUUCCUCAUUAUAUGGAGAUUUUUGAUACAACCAUUAUUUAUAAAAUGGUGGCAGUUUAGAAACAAACAAAAAGAAUUAAUAAAUAAUGAACAACAACAAUUGGUGAAAGAAUGUAAAAAUGGAGUUUGUACAUUAUCAUGGUCAAAAAAAGAAAAUAAAAAAUUUGAUUAAAAAGCUUUAAAGUUCAUACACCAUUUUUGUUUAAUAGUUUAUUACAUAAUCAAUUAAAUUUUAUAUUUGUUUACAAUUUUUUAAAUAAUUAAUAUUCUAUUUCAUGCAAAUUGUUUAUAAUUAAUAUAUGUCAAUGAUAUGUUAUGUGUAUUAUCUACAAUAAAUAUAAAACAUACAUAAA